AUGAAUUUAGCGACUGGUAAUUGGUUAUUCCCUGGACUGGUAUCUAAUGGAGAUGGACAAUUAAACAAUCAAGGUUCAUUAAGUAACCAAGAAGUGCAUCAAUCUGGAACAAACGUUCAAAGUUUAGUCAAUGAACAAACAUUUCAAGUUUCAUCACAACAUGAUACAUCAAAACGUGUUCAAUCUGAAGAGGUGCAUGAAUCCGUCACUAGAGGCUCCGUAUCAUCGGUCACUAAGACCAUAGAUGAAUCUGGAAAACAAACCCUGCAAAUCUUUGAAGAUGUGGUCAUUCAUGGACCUCAAAAAAUUAAUGUUGUAACAAAGAAAAAACAAUUUUGGAGUAAUUGGGGUGUUAUAGGUGGAACUUCUUCUCAAGCCUCUGAAACUGUCACUACAGAAAAUAGUGAUUGGAAAGUUAUAUCUUCUGUUUCUCAGACAACUUUGUCCAAACAACCUCAAAUUGAUUUUCCAGACAAGUCACAGACAGAUUUUGUGGAAGUUAAAGUUGAUGGUGCAUCCACAGGCUCUGGUGAAGAAGUAGUUUCUUCUGUAACCGAAAGAACACCACUUCUUACUCAUAGUAAUCCAAUUGUUGAAACAAAUACGACGAAAUUGGAGAUUGUUAAAAGUAUUGUGUAUGGUGGUUUGGCUGAAUCAUUAGCAAGUCUUAGUGUUGUGACUUCUGCAGCAAGUGCUGAUGCUGCCACAUUGAACAUUGUUGCACUGGCUAUUGCAAACCUCAUCGGUGGACUUUUCGCACUUGGUCAAAAUCUUAGGGAACUGAAAGCUGAACAACCAAAAAGAUCCAACACAGAAGCAGUAGUGGAUCAAUACAAUGAAGUACUUGGACAAAGAAAGAAUUUCAUUCUUCAUGCAUUUAUUGCAAUCUCUUCAUUCAUUAUUUUUGGACUAAUACCUCCAGUUGUAUAUGGCUUCACAUUUCGCGAUAAGGAUGAAAAGGAUUUCAAGCUAGCAGCAGUUGCAGGAGCUUCUCUUAUAUGCAUCACACUUCUUUCUAUUCUCAAAGCUUAUAUCAAGAGACCAAACAGUUACUUAACAUAUUUUCAAACUGUGUUUUUCUAUGUUAGCACUGGUGCUGUUGCCACACUGGUUUGUUACUUAGCUGGUGAUAUGAUGAAGAAACUCAUCGAAAAGCUUGGAUGGUUUGAACCAGCAUCAAGUGUGGUUUUAUCCUCGAAGGAUCGACAUGGAUUGAGAUCAUAUUAA